GAUAAAACGAGUUUGCAUAAUUCACAGACAAAAAUCACGCGACUCCUUCCAAAAGGACAAAAUCAAUAGGACCAGCCAUAAGCUUCUUUUGAUGUUGAAUUUGGUCGCCAUGUUCAGGUAGUAAAUGCUAUGAUCAUUAUGUCAUUUUCAUGUAGUUCGUGCGAUCAGAAGUAGAAACUCUCGACCCUAGUUUAUCUCAUCUUAAAAGCAAUAACUCAGUUAUCAGUAUAGCUGCUUUAUACGGCUGCAUUGUCAGUUGGCUGCAAUACUCGCUAUUGUGGCGACAAAUGUUCGUCGGCGUUGAGGUUUUUUUUGUUCUACUUGAUGCUCUCUCGCUUUACCUUGAGAACAAAUUCACGGUGUUAUCGAUUUCCGCGAUUUUAGACCACGAGAUUUUAUAAGCAGCAGUUUUAUUUUCACUGAUGAACCAGGGCCGUAGCCAGGAAGAGACUACAACCGAGGCGAACACACGGUCCGUUGUACGAAAUCAGCCGUAUGAAAUCUUCUAAUAUUAUCAGUCUGAUAAAAAAAAUAAAAAUCGACAGUAUUUGGUAAAAUUUUACCGAGGCGAGUGCCUCGGUUCGCCUCGUACUGGCUACGGCGGUGUGAACACAUACCAAUUGUUACGUCUGUGCAAUGCAUAUAUGUUUAAGUCAAGGAUCCGAGGAGUCUCGAAAAAAAGGGAGGUGGAAAACCGGUUCUACAUGUCGGGUUCAUCACCAGCCGCUGGCGAACACAUGCACGACCGUGAUGGCGCAGGAUCGCGUGACGGGGUGGCCUGUACGUAAUCUGUAAGAUAUAUUUUGAAAUUUGAAAUGGCUCGCUUUAGGUUCAGAAUUUCAGUGUUAUCGACCUUCUGAACAGUCGAUAUCGAACUGCACAUCCGAAUAACAGUUACACACAUACCGUCUGAAAAAUGAAUUUUCCCCCGUUAGAAAAGAAGAAAGGAUAAUGUUCUACAAGUUGGAAAUCCAUUGGUGGUUUGGUCAUUUUUUUUCUUUGGUCGUAUGUAGUAUUUUUUUCUUAUCAGGAGCACCCAACGACUGUUUCCUCCUAAAUGCAUGCUAUUUAGGCUAUCCAGAGUACUUUUAGAUCUUUAGAAAUACAUUUUAACCGGCACUUAUUUAUAUCUGUUCGGUCAUCCUAGGGCAACUUGAGUCUUUUCGAAAUUGUCAGGGCUUCAGUAUUAUUUCCCGAAAAUUUUAGAUGUAAUUUAAAGUUUUACGAAAGUGAAAUUUCGCUGAUUCCUCUUUCCAUCAGAUUUUCGAUUCCGAAAAUUUUAGGAUAUUUUAUAGAAAACUGUCGUUGGGUGCCCCUGACUUAUGAACAGGCUUACAGUUUCAAUCUUGCAUGUUCAAUAGCAUUUUGAUUUUUACUAUACAUACUGUGAGAGACGAUCGAAAACCAAGAUGAAGUCUUUGUUUUAGAGGUUGAAACUAUGAGACGAAAAGGAUGAGUUUCUAGCUUUAGUGCACGCAGAAAAACGCCGUGCGACAGUGACAAAAACUGUGAAGGCUCGUCGAAGUGAAAAUACGACAAAAAAUUGAGAUUUAAAUAUUGUAGCCCUUAGAAACUGGGUUAUGUAAACUGUUUCCCUAGUGAACAACUUCAGUUAUUAUGCAUGUAUUAAAUUUUGCUUUCUGCCUUUUUGGAAAUGUCUAAAAUUUGACUGAGCUGACAUAACACAUAAGAGAUACCAUUGUUUUCUAAGUAUUGCUUUAACUGCCAAAUGUAGCCAAAGGCAAAUUUCGACUAGACUACUAUCCCUGAGGAAAAAUGGGGGACUACUCGUAGUCUAAAUUUCGACCAGAUUUCCAAAUUUCAUUGUAAAAUUUUGAAAAACAAAUAGUACAGCGUGAAAGUACUGUUGAAGAGCUUUCAUUUGAAUAGUCAUGUCAGAGGAUUUCGUCCGCAGACUCAAAAGUUAACGUUAGAGUCGCCUUACAAAACUCCAUCAAGCACUCUGGCAGUGAAAGGGUUAACUAACUAACAUUUUAUAAUUUUGAGGCAAGUGGCUACACCAUUAUCUUUUUCUGCCCGUCUUGAACAAAAGCAACUGUCAUUAUAUGUUUUUUUUAAGCUCAUAAUAAUCUGAAUAGUUCAUAACGAGGAAGUCUUCCGUCACGGUUCUACAGAACUUUGCCGCACGAAUUUUGACAUAUGAAAGAAAUACGAUCACGUUUGUCCUGCUCUACGUGAGCUCGAUACUUUACUACAAUACAAUAACAUUAUUUAAUGAGGAUGACGUUAAUCUUUUACAGUCUUCUAACUUACGGCCCUCUAUCACAAAAUAAGUUACAAAAAGAAUACAAGUUCUACACAUAAUAUUGAAAAAAUACAACAAGCACAAUAUUGAAGUGAAAUAUACUAUACACUAAAAAUACAACGAGUCCAUAAUAUUGCACGUUAAAAUAACAACAAAAUAGAUAAAGGAUGUUGGGCAUUUUCGGAAGCAUGCACGCAGAUUGGCCAUGUAAAUUCUGUUGCGGAAUUCUUUUAACCCCGCUCCGCUGGUUCAAACAAAUCAAGAGGACUGUAUCUUUCGAUGUAACAACACGAUUUAAUGCAAUCCAACAAUCUACUACGAUGUACAACUCUCACAUACUCAACGUUCGUAACACAACGAUCAACGUAACUAAACGAUCAACGAUCAACGAAUCGAUCAACUAAAACAUUCUAAGUAUACAGUGGUUUUUCUACUAUUCUUGCGUAAAGCAGUAUUUUUACAUUAAUCACAUGUACAGUAAAAGUUCCCAUUGUAAUGUGUCUAAAUUAAGUGUCUAUUACAAAAUCGCACGUUCUUUCACCUUAUAUAGCCUAAGAAAAUGCAUGCUGUUACAUCAUUUUAUAUCGUAAAUAUACUCGGACUUUGACUACAUUAUUGUGAAAUCUAAUGUCUCGAAAUCUAACUUCUUUGCGCUACAAAUGUCAAUUUCUGAUUAAUAUUUAAUCACAAAAUAAUAAAGUUAAGCAUCAACUAUUUCUUUCCCGACAAAAUCAAUGAAAUGGAAAAAAGUUUAAAUUGGAAUGAUAAACUUAAUAGAGAAGACGUCCCUUACCAAAUCCAACACUGUUUUGAAUGUAUUUUUAAGCUAUUUUUGAAAACUGUUUUUAACCUGUUUUGUGAAAUAGGUUUUAAAUAGGGUAAAAAGUGUAUUUUUAAUGUAUUUUUCGACUGCUUUUAAAGGUGUUUUAACCUGUUUAAAACGCUAUUAAAAAAGAAUUUUUAAAGUAUUUUAAAAUGCUUUUAAAAUAUAUAAAAAGUCCCAGGGCUUUUGCAAGGCUCAAAACAGGUCAAAAACAGUUUUUAAAUACCUUAUAAAUCGGAAUAAAAACAGGAUAAAAACAGUUUCAAAAACAUAUUUUAAUUUACUAUACUAUUUUAAAACUAUUUUUAAUGGCAAUUUUAAACGUAUUUGGAAAAAAACCGGUUUAAAAUAGGUACAAAAAUAUAUUUUUGAUAUAUUUUUCGACUGAUUUUAAAGGUGUUUUAACCUGUUUAAAACGCUAUUAAAAUGUUAUGCUUCAAAAUAUAUUUUAAUAGCUGUUUAAUCGGUUUCGAAAUUUAGUAAAAUACUCGUAUUUGCAAAUACAAUAAAAAUACUUUGAAAACAGUAUUAAAAUACCACAGAAGAAGAAAAGCAAUAGCACACAUAUAUUAUGAAUUAAAUACAUCAAAAAUAGGAUGCAAAAAUGCAAAAACAGUAUAAAAUUGUAAGAACAUAGCCUUAGAGUUGUCUGAAAACAGUAUAAAAAUCGGUCGAAAGAGCAUAAAAAUAGUACAAAAACAGGAUGGAUCGGAAAUACCAUUUAAAUUCAUGAAAUAAAAUGAAUACAAAACCGUCGAAAAUUACCCUGAAAAAGCAAGAUUUACCUCGGCGAAAUUUCGCCACACAGUCCUAGGCUAGGACUUCAAGAGAAUUAUCUCUUAGCCGAUUACUUUACGUUGAUUUCCCUAAGAAUUCUCGGGAAAUUCUUAUGGAAUUUUUCAGAAAUGCUCAAAUCAAUCUUUAGCCUGUGUACAGACCCCUUCCCUCAAUAAAACUCGGAGGGGGGGGGGGGUAUGUACACAGGCUAUCAACCUUUUGCUUCAAAAGGGUAUAACGUUACUGACGUUACCGGUAAAUAUUAAUCUACAUGCAUGUAACUUACAUUGUUUAUUAUAUUCACGGCUUUACUCAAAUAUCAUCAGAAGCUUAAUGCAGGCUACGCCUGAACAUUAAUUAGUGGCUGAUAAAGAACAGCAUACGAAUAAAUUUACGCGAGAAUGAAAGAGGCCGGUGACGUGACAUCAAGUGACUGAGAUCAUUUAUACAAAACAGCGAGUCUCUGCAAGGAAUCCUGUAAAAAGUAAAAUUGCCGUACGGGCGCGACUAUAUAAAUGUUUACUACCCUUCAUUUGUUUCUCAUAUGGCGUAUAUCUAAGCGUCUUAGUAACAUUGUAUAUUUAAUACUUACAAUUAGACUCUUGGACUCUUCUCCUGAACCAGAACCUUUCAAUCGAUUUCAAAGUACAUAACAGUCGCUGAGGAGUGAUAACCAUUUUUGAUUCGUGAUAAAAGCAACAUCUACGUGUUCCGACAAUCCGCAGAGUUGGAGUGUACUUUUGUAAGAUCGUAACAAACAGUAAAAUCAAGCGCAUUUAAGCUCACAGCAACCGCCCGGGAGCAACCGCCGGUUCAAUAAUUUGAAAUGAGCAAAGGACAAAGGACGGUUUGCUUAUCACGUGCAUUUGUCACAUCACCGCGGCGCGAAGUCGUGAUUUCAGUCGCGCGUGACAUCUCAAAAAUAAUAUGCCAUGUAUGUGCGGAAUAGUCUAUGAGAGAAAGAUAACCAUAUGUCGGAGUUUAUUCAGAUCUGAGCGUUGUUUCUUAGUGCAAUAUAUACGAGGUGAGAUCUUAGCUUGGAUAGUUUGUUUUAAUUAUUAUGAAAUUUCAAGGACUUAUUUUAGACAAAUCUCAAUUGACCGCGUACAUCCGGUUCACGGCCCGCGGCUUCGGCUGUUUGCGAAAAAUUUCUACAUGAAAAUUAAAAUGUGAUUUUAAGAAUUUUCUUUUAAAAAAACUUAUGGAAUGUCCCGUAGCUGCAUUAAAUGAAUCACGGCUAAAAUCUAGGCGGAGAUUUUCGCAGAGAGCUUGCAGGUAAUGAACAUUGAGGAACGGAUUGAUCCUUUAUCGGCACACUGUCACAGUUACGUGUUGUCAGUCAAAGCUAAAAUCUAUUCCUAAUUUUCUUCUCUUUUUUCAAUUUCUUUUUGAUUUGCUGGGAGAUUUAAUUUUUGGCUCCGCCUCGAGCUUUAUUGAGAGAAGAAUCCGGUCCACAACAUGACAGCUUGUUUUGAGUCAUUUAUGAGUUCGUGACACGAUGAAGGCUUAAAAAUUAACUUUGUGCAAUUGUUACUUUUAUAGUCUGAGUAUAAGUAUCCCAAAAUACAUUACAAUAUUGCACCUCAAUAAUAAUAAGUAAUAAGUACCCUAUUUUAAAGUAUUUAAAAUAAGGUCAGCAUUUGAUGUCUUUCAGCAGACUUUAAAUAUUUUAUGUACAAUCUGUUUUUAUAGUCAGAGUGUUGUGUGCCCAAAAUACAAUUCAAAUAGACCUCAAAACAGUACCCUAUUUAAAAGUAUUUGAAAUGCGGUCAGUAGUUAAGGACUUAAAACAUAUUUCAAAUAAUCUAUUUGAACUCUGUUUGUAACUUUGUGAGUGGAUGCGUCUCAAAAUACAUUUUCGAUACAACUCAAAACAGUGUUAAAGCACCCUAUUUAAAAGUAUUUAAAAAACAGUCGCAUUUAAGCCCUUAAAACAUAUUUCAAAUAGUCUAUUUGAACUCUGUUUGUAACAGUGUUAGUGGUUCUAUGCCCAAAAUACAUUUGAAAUACCCUAUUUUAAUCAUAUUUAUUUAACAAAAUACAUUGUAAAUUGAUGAGAGAGGUUUUCCUUUUGAUGAAAUAUAAUUUAACUACACUUAAGAUAUAUUCCAAACAGGGGCGAAAAUUUAAAGUUUUUUGUCAAAUAGGAUUAAAAUACAGGAAAAUAGUAUUCAAAUACUGAAAAUACAUUUUAAACACUUUAAAAUCAGUUUCAAAGACUCCAUAGAGGCCGCGCGUUAGAGCCCCAGAUUACGUAAUAUAUGGGAGGAGAGGAUAGAAUUAAGAAAUCUGGAUGUCGGCAGAGAAAAAGCAGUACAGGACUCUUUUAGGUCAAAACUAAGGACAAUGAAAAGAAUGACAGACUUGUUUAUCCCUGUUUAUCCCUGUUUAGGACAGAGAGGGCAAAAACCAUACCUUGUCCAGCGGCACAUCCCCAUAUAGGCCAUAUGAGGAAGUACACCCCCGGGGAGAAGGCGGCCUACGUGAAAAAAGGCUUGUUCUUUUUAACUCAUUUUAGCGUUAAUAUUAAUGGAGUAACACUCUCACUUUGAGAGGUAAAGAAAGCUCACUGAAGUAACCUUUGUUUUUUGCAGCCAGUCGUGAGCAGAACCAUCUUGUUUCGAAGCCUUGCCGAGUUAUCCUGAAACUCUUGCAUCAAAUCCCACCAUGGGAGAUAACAGUAACGUGGGAAGGUAAUAUGGCCUACUGUUUUGUUAAACUAGAUCUGUUACAUGACUGAGCAGCCCUAUUUAAACACUCUAAAUUGUAUAGAGUAAGUGUACCACAGCUGGGAAGCUCAAAUUCCGAGGAAACCUCCACUUUUGUCCAGGGUUGGAAGUUGUAGCAAAAAUUGGCUUGUAAGUCAGCUGCUAUUCAGUUUAGCAAAAAAUGAAUGAAAUUAACUGCAUGUAGAAAUGUAUUACAAAAAUCGCAAAUAUAUCAAGAAUAACAAAUUCACAGCAAAAGCUGGGGCAAAGAAGGCUGUCAGUUGUAUAACAAAAAUCGCAAAAAUUCAUUCAAGAAUAUUAAGUUUAGAAAUUAAGAGUCUUAGUGACAUUCAACGAUAAUGGCAUUUUAAUUUUGCUUCAUUUCAGUUGUUGCUGUAGCCAUCGUUUUAGUCCCUGUGUUCUUUGGACUUCGUUUUGCAGCUGGUUUGUUCAUGUUCUUGAAAGAUUCUUUGGCUGGUUUGGUGAAGGAAUCGCGAAACAUCCGCUGCUUACCAUCCCACUGUGUCUAGUGUUCGUAAGCAUAUGCUCUGUCGGGUUUGCUUGGAUGAAAGUUGAAAACAGGACAGAAAAACUCUUUAUUCCACAAAACAGCAAAGCCAUGGAGGAUUUAAACGCCGCUGAGAAGUAUUUUCCAGUUCGAUUUCGUGAAGAGAUCGUUCUCUUGGUAGCAUCUUCAGAUCCUCCUAACGUUAUUAAUCGUGUUUGUCUGGAGCAGGCCUUAGAAGUUCACCAAGCAGUCGUGGAAUUAAAGUCGUAUUCAGAAUUGUGCCUGACCUUAUCCGGUGUCGGCGCCAAAAAUCCCAAGGAAUGCAUGAUGAUUAACCCUUUGGAGAUUUUCCAGUUUGAUAAAGGAAAUCUAAACCGCACGGAUUCGCAACUUCAAGAAAAAGUCUCUAAAGAGUACACGAACACGAUGAAUCCUCAAGGAAUGUUUGUCAUGCGCAAUGGACGAUCCUUUCGCUACAACUUCGAGCAAAUGUUUGGUAAAGUAGAAAAAGAAGGAGAAAACAUAACAGGCGCACAAGCGCUGCAAAUGGUCUAUUAUGUGCGUGAUCCAAGCGACAAAGAUUCGAACGCUAAAAUUCUCGAAUGGGAGAAAACUUUCGUGGACAAAAUCCAAUCGUUGGUGGGCAAACGUUCCUGCUUUGCAGUCCAUUUCUCAAGCGAACGAAGCCUAGACGACGCUAUUGCGGAAAGCAGUGGCUCUGAUGUCACCUUGGUAUCAAUCACUUUUACCUUAAUGAUCACCUUCGCCUGUGUGAUGUUAGGAAAGUUUAUGAAUCCAUUGACGGGGCAUUCAUUACUAGCUAACGCGGGCGUAUUUGCAGUGGCCCUCGGGAUCUUAGCUGGGUUUGGCUUGGCCAUGUGGUGCCGAGUUCCAUUUGUCAGUUUGGUGGGAGUGCUACCUUUCUUGAUUCUUGGAAUUGGAAUAGACGACAUGUUUAUUCUGGUGGACGAACUUGAUCGACAGCAACGCAGCAUGACAGUUGUUGAAACAGUUAAGGAAGUCUUGUCACGCUCAGGUGCCACUAUCACGAUGACAACGUUGACCGAUUUGGUGGCGUUUGCUGUCAGCACGUCUACCUCCUUUCCAGCUAUCAGGUGAUGUGCAAAAUACUCCUUGUAUAUAACCAUUAGGGUGCUAACCAAAUGUAACAGAUAGGGCUCUGAAGGUAGGUAAGGGCAAGACGGCCUUAGCAACAGUGAUAAAUGGUAAAUGUAUCCUGUGUGGUGGGAGACGCCGCUUCCAAGAGAGUGGAAAAAGAGGGCGGUCAACCUCCUUUCUUCCUUUAACGACAACUGUAGUCAAAGGAAGUUUCCAAACAAUCUCUUACUACUACUUGAUUCUCGCGAUGAAGAUGAUUUCCAAAACAUCCACCGCGCAACAGUUGAAUGGUCGUUUAAUACUGAUGAAACAAGUCAAGACCCGCGGUGGCUCGUAGGGACAAAUCACUUUCCAGAAUCCAAAAAACACCCCAGAAUUUGGAUUCUGAGACAUGAUUUGGAUUCACUGGGGCGUGUUUUGGGGGUUCUGGGUAGUGUUUAUGGAUUGUGGGAAUUGUUUGAGAUUCUGCGUGGACAGAGUUUUCUCCCUGCAAGCCACCGGCUAUAAAGCCUUGCUCUGGAUCAACAUUGUCUGAAGAGCGAUUCUCUGAUCUCGCAGUGAUUGCCAUGCGCUACUCCGAGAGAUUUGAAGUGCUUAAGUAGAAAAGCAACAAACACCUAAUGUUGGUCGGCACUGCACUCUUAGUCCUUAUACAUGAAAGUUCGGGAUCAAAUUCCUCUGAAUUCAAAACGAAGAAAUUCUACAAAUGCAGAUUUGAAAACAAGUCUUUUUGGUAAAACAUGAUGUAUCAUAUAUUGUGUUUACCCUAGGCAUUUACAAUAAGAAGGACAAGGCAAAUGGCUCAUUAACACCUCUUGUUUGCUUAUUUUUUAGGUAUUUUUGCGUGUAUGCUGCCUUAACUGUGACCUUUUCAUACUUAAUGAUUGUCACAUAUUUUGUGGCCAUCAUGUCAUACGACGUAAAAAGGAUUAAAGCAGGUCGACGGGACUGUUUACCGUUCUGCCGCGCGCCACCGCCAAGGGAAAACGCCCCGGCCUGGGAUGAGCCUCGUCUUCAAACCUCUAACAAGCUUAUGGAGGCCUGGGCCCGAUUUCUUACCUUAUCCGUGGUCAAAGUCGUUGUGACAGUCUUCUCCUGGUGCUUUCUAGCGGCCGGGAUAUAUGGUGUUACAAAGGUGGAUGAAAGUUUUGACAGAAGAAUUUUGGCGAAGGAUGAUUCUUACCUCAAGAAAUUUUUAUCUACUCAAGAAGAGUACUUUGAGCUGUCCAUUCCUGUGAGUAUUGUCGAGACUGGAAACAUCGAUUAUGGAAAAAGAUCUGUCCAGGAAGAAUUGAGAAGUCUGUCCAAAAUUGUGACCUCUAACAAGUAUUAUGAAAACAGAACUUUGUCCUGGAUUGAAGGGUUUUCCCAGUAUGCCCUGCACAAGAAUAAAAAUAUCCUCGGGUCAAACUUUACGCCGGAGUUGUUGUCGUUUCUUGAUAUAUAUUCAAAUUUUAAACAAGACGUGAAGUUUUCCUUAGACAAUAAAAGUGUCGAAGUCUGUCGAAUUAUGGGUUUCAUGAAAACCUCGACCAGCUCUUCUUUUCAGAAAAAUGCCAUGCUAACGCUUCGAGAAGAUCUCCAAACAGGUACAUUGAAAAACCUUGCAGCAUUCACCAUCGCUCGACCCUUCAUUUUCUUUGAGCAGUACGCAAUCACGUCAAGGGAAACCGUAAGGAACCUUUUAAUCGCGGCCUUAGCUGUACUGAUUGUUACAAGCCCCUUUCUAGUGGAGUGUACUGUUACGCUCCUAGUGGUGCUAAACUUUGCUGCCCUGAUAUGUGAGCUGUUUGGAUUGAUGGUGAUCUGGGGCGUAUCUCUGAACUCUGUAUCCAUGAUCAAUCUUGUCAUGGCCAUAGGAUUCGCGGUUGACUACAGCGCUCAUAUUGCACAUGCGUACGUGAUGUCAGACAAGGACACAGCUAAUGAACGUGUUGUCGAAGCUCUGAGCACGCUCGGCGCCAGCGUUUUGAUGGGAGGUGAGUUUAUUCAACAUAAGUUUAUAGAGAACAACCGUUUUGUCGUCAUUUUUCCCUCCUUUUUCCCCAGAGGAUAGGCGUUGUUCAUGAAUAAAAAAGUCUUAAUCUAGUAGACUUUUCUCAUCUGCAUUAUGGUAAAAGAAUGAAAUGGGUUCUGUGAAACCGUGGGUUGCCAUCGAAGUUACGAAUCCUUCUUGAUGAAAACACGAGAAUAAGUGUAGAUUGCGGAGCAGGCAUUCCUAUGCAUGAUCGGGAUAUUCUAAAGAUUAAAGCAAGUAAAUCGAAUGAUUCAAAUGACUGGUCACUUUUUAAAAAACAACGCAAUAUAGUAAAUAGCGAAAGCAAGCCUAUUAUCAAAAUAGUUUAAACAAGUAUGCGGGCGAUUCUGAAAAGACCUGGCAGACUAUCAAUGAACUUACUUCGCGAAAAUCUGGGAAAAAAUCGGCGACAUCUCUGAAAGUAAAUGAAGUAUCAAUAACAAAUCCAACUGUACUGUCGAACCAAUUUAAUAAUCACUUUGCUACUAUCGGUCCAGAACUUGCUAGCAAUAUUGAUUCCUCAAAUAGUGAUGGUUAUCAAAAGUACCUCACUGGCACAGAUAAACGGUUUCAGCUCCAUCCGACCAGUACAAAUAAAGUUCUCUCACUUUUGAAUCGUCUAAAUAAGUCAAAGGCGGCUGGCCUUGACAAGAUAUCUGCUAGGCUCAUUCGGGAAUGUGCAGAUCUCAUUUGCAUUCCUGUCCGUGAUAUUUUUAACCAGUCAAUAAGUCAAGGCAUAUUUCCGGAUGACUGGAAAUGCGCAAAGGUCGCCCCACUUUUUAAACAAGGCGAUCGGAACGACUUAAAUAAUUAUCGUCCAAUUUCGGUGAUCUCAGUUAUGGCCAAGGUUUUUGAAAGAAUCGUCUAUGAUCAAUUAUAUGCCUACCUAGAAGAGCAUAAUAUAAUCUGUAAAUAUCAAUCAGGCUUUCGCGCUAUUCACUCAACUGUCACGGCUCUUCUUGAGGCCACGGACACGUGGGCGUACAAUAUUGACCGCGGUAAAAUCAACGCCGUUGUUUUCUUAGAUCUCAAAAAGGCCUUCGACACAGUUGACCAUGAGAUCCUUUUAUCAAAAUUAAGCAAUUACGGCAUAUAUGGUACAGUGCACCAAUGGUUUAAGUCAUAUUUAGAGAAUCGUACUCAAAUGUGCUCCAUCAAUGGAUCACUCUCUCAAAGCUGUUUAUUAAGUUGUGGUGUUCCCCAGGGGACGAUUUUAGGUCCAUUACUAUUUCUGUUAUACAUCAACGAUCUUCCAAACUGUCUUUCAAAUUGUGAGCCGAGGAUGUACGCUGAUGACACCCACCUUACAUACGCAGGUGAUAAUGCAGACAAUAUUCAGUUGAAUCUAAAUCAAGAUUUAGAAAAUGUUCACAAUUGGCUGAGAGCAAACAAACUUACUCUAAAUAUGACUAAAACCGAAUUUAUGCUUAUCGGAUCUACGCAGAGGCUAAGUACUCUCACAGAGUCCCCGACAUUUGCAAUUAAUGAUUUUCAAGUUAGCCAGGUCACUACUGCAAAAUCACUUGGAGUGACCAUCGAUGACAGACUUGAUUGGAGUGGCCAUAUCGAGAAAGUAACAAAGAAAGUCGCUUCUGGUAUUGGGGCCAUAAAACGAAUAAGGCACCUUGUUAUAUUCCUAGACUUUCACUCAACUAAACAGGGACUGCCAUUGGUUGAUUCUUGGUCACGUGGCCUUGACUAAAAUCAAAUGUAUCCCGAUCGUGAUACAUUAAACAAUGUAUCCCGCUCGGGAUACAUUGCAGCACGUGAUUAAAGCAUGGUGGAAAGUGGUGUGACAGAAGGCGGGAAAAACACCGCCAGGUCCUGCCGGUUUUCUUUUUCGUGAAUGAACACAACAACACAAACACGAAGCCUCAAGCUAAAAAGCAACGAUUUUUAAAAUUAUCCCAGAAGUUCCUAGAAGAAAAACAGCAGCUAGUGGAGGAAAAAGAUGCAGAUAAUAUGAGGAAAGUACUUUUGUUUGUAAAUCAUUCAUUCAGUGGUUUUGAGAAUUAAAAUUUGUGUUGUUAUAAGUACCGAGUCGACUGUUUUGGUUCACUCCGGUUAUUCUUUUGUUGCCGUUGAAGUGAAAGUCUAGAAAUAUAACAAAACACUUAACGUCAGGUCCCUCGGGAAACCAGUUAGUUUUGUUUUCCCUCGAGUCCUGAUGUUUCCCUGGACUUCGUCUCGGGAAACAUCAGGACUCUUGGGAAAACAAAACUAACUGUUUCCCUCGGGAUCAGACAUUAAGUGUAUAUUGUCCCUCAGGCGACCUUACAACUAAUAUAUCAAGCUUUAAUACAGCCACACUUUGAUUAUUGCAACAUUGUUUGGGGAAACUGUGGGAUAACCUUACGGAAUAAGGUUCAAAAGCUACAAAACAGAGCAGCUCGUGUUCUGACCUACUCAAGCUAUGACGUAGAUGCUGGUCACCUUUUCAAACUUCUAGAGUGGAAAAACCUAGCUUGCCAGCAAUAAUUUCAAAGAGCUACGAUGGUUUACAGGUCUCUGCAAGGGUUGGCUUCAAACUAUCUUAGUUCUAAAUUUGAAAGGCAAGAAGUCGCAUAUAACCUAAGGGACUCUGAAAAUAAACUCAAUGUUCCAUUACCGCGCACAAACUAUUACAAAAACAGCUUCAGCUAUAGUGGCGCCAUUCUCUGGAACAGUCUUCCUUGUAACUUAAGGGAAGCAGAGUCCCUUGGGCAAUUUAAACGAAUACUCAAAGAACUGUAAGGCACGGCAUUCGUGGAAAGCAGCUUAAUUAUUUAAUUUUGUUCUUUUAUUAUAUUAGUAUUAGGCAUUUUUAAAGCUGACGAAUUUUGUCCCGUGGAUAAAUAAAGAUUAUCUAUCUAUCUAUCUAAACGAUAAAUAGCGCCCCCUUUCCUAACGUUUUUUUCUCUUGGCCCAGAUUUCGAGCUUAGUUUGUACAGGCUCGCUUGUUGAAUAAGCGAGAAAGUCGCCAGUACGCGCGUGCCGAAAGGGGAAAGGGCUUGAAUGCUUUUAGGGGAACCGACUCUUCCUUUGAAAAGAACAAAAAAAUUUUCUUGUUUUCCUUUGUGUGUUGUCAGUGUGGGGUUGUGUGUUUUGCAUUCAUGCAGGAAUACCUAAAACAUUUUUCCUUUUUUUAAUUUCUGUCUUAGCCAAGCAAAAUGCAACUUGGACGGAACGUUUACGACUCGCGCACUUGGCGUUUAGUCGGUAGUCCCUGUUGUCAAACUUCCUCUCCGGAUCCCUGGAUGGAUUUCAGCGUGAUACCUUUUUGCCAAAAUCGUGCACUACAUUGUGAAAAUAGUCAGCUUUGACAGCAGAAUUUCUAUGAGCAGUUUUAACAAUUGAAAUAAUUUUAAUAGGGAGACAAUAUCACCAGUGCCAAAAUGAUACUAGCUGAAUUCUUUUCGCUUUAUUAUUUAUCAAAGGCCCAUCACCCGGAACUUCCGUCCAAUGCUUAGACUGUGUUUUAGACUGAAGUAUACUUUUAGAUUUCUUUUCACAUGAGCGAAAUUAACCGUGCUCACAAACUCUUGCUAGGCUCUUGGCUGAUCUUAUCAUUAUCAUUUCGUUCACUUCAUGUCCUUCAUUCAUCAUUUCAUUCGUUCAUUCGGGCAUCCAUCCAUCCAUCCAUCCAUUCAUUCGUUCUUUCGUUCGUUCGUCCAUUCAUUCAUUCUUUUCAUUCAUCAUUUUAUUCAUGGUAUUAUUCAUUCAUCAUUUUUUUAAUCAUUCAUUCUAAUUCCUUUCAGGUUUUAGUACUUUUCUUGGCAUGGUAGUUCUGGCCUUUGCCGCUUCCGAGAUUUUCCGGAUAUUUUUUAAAAUGUUCCUUGGUAUCGUCGUGUUCGGCCUUCUUCACGGACUGUGCAUACUACCAGUAUAUCUCUCUUUAUUCGACUGCAAAUCUGCUAUAACGAAGCCUAUCUCGGCUGUUCACGUGAGCGACGAGUACCAUUCUGAAAAUGACGCUGUCGUUGAUAGAUUACAACUCGACGGCAAAGGAAGAAAUGAAAAAGUGAGUACAGAUGGUGAUUUGAGAAGUGCCUCUUCGAAUGAGGGCUUUGAACUGCACGAGCAGCGGCCUUUGAACGAAAGCACUGAUGAUUACUACCGAUCUAAAGACGAUGCCACUGAUUAUAUGAUGAACGAACAACACGGUGGGGAUGAAGGGGCCAUAAAGGCAACCACAGAGGGUGAUUUGAGGAGUGCCUCAUCGAAUGAGGGUUUUGAACUGAACGACCAGUCUCGGCCUUUGGACAGAACCGUUGUAGUUAAGCAGACACACCAAGAAAACAAUGAGAGUAAAGUCCACAAUGAAGUACAUGACAUGGAAAAGGAGGACAUUGAAGUUGAAAGGAACGAUCCUACAGAGGUUCCGCAGAAAUCCAACGCUGAAGAAAGUGGAAGAGAGCGUUUCCUUACAAUACAAGCUAGCGAACAUGGACAAGAAGAGGGCGGAAAUUCAAAUUCGAAGAGAUAUGCCGAACAAGAUACUCCCCUUACGUUAAAUGAGCAAAACAUUGCAUCGGAUGACUCAACAAAAUUUUAGAUUAGUAGCCCGGCUUAGAACUAGUAUGAAUAGUAGUGUAGUAUAAACAUACAAACAUAGAUGUUAUAUAAUAUAAUAUAAAUAAUAUGGAAAUGAAUUAUGGGUAGCAUCAGUCUUUUGGAGGAGUCUCUGUGAAUUAAAUUACAAACACAGGAUACUAUGGCUAAGUCAGCUUCUCUUCAAGUGGUCGAAGUCAGUACCACGUAGCCGUUGCGAAAUUAUUUCGCAACUUUUCCUAGUUAUGUUUCUCAACAAGCUAGAUCAUAUAAUUAGUUUGUAAAUUAAGCCUAAUAACUACAUGACAGUUUCACGCUCGUGAUUUAGCGUUUACAGCACCUUGUAGUGCACCUAGUAGUAGAGUCGAUAUGCGACAACGAAUUUUUAAUAUGGCAACAAUGUUAGAACAAUGUUGUGACAGUUCGAAGUAAUAUAGCAACAAUGUUUCAGCGACGUGUUGCGCUGAAAAUUGUCGCGCGGAUCAUCCCGUGUAACAUUGCCUUUACUUGCAAGAUCGCUGUUACUCAUUAACAGGAGUAACUUUUGAUGGAAUUUAGUUUAUAGUACCUGAGAUAGUCAAAAAAUUAAUUCUUAGUGUCCGGAAUGUUCAAUUAUCCUGGCAAUCGUAGCGUUCCGAUGAAACGGCCAGUCUCAUAAACGUCACUUGUAAAUACAGAAAGCUUAGAUCGGACUCGAUAGUUGCAACUAAUACAUUGUUCAGAUCUCUUUCGUUUUGGUGGUUGCUGAAAACUAAACAUUUUUAGCAACUUGUGAUUUACAUGGAAAGACUUUGAAUUAAACUAAAAAAAAGCAGAGUUAAUGAACAACACUGUCUUUGCGUUCUCUUUCCGGGCCGUUAAAAUAAGCUCCAAAAAAAACUAAAUUUAAUGUAUGGUGAGCCAGGGAAUGUGGGGGGCACUUGGACUGCGAAUUCGAAAAUGCUGUUUUGUUCGAUUUUCCAAGAGCUGAUUAGAACGAAUUAAGGUGGUGAACGCUUUUGAUUUAGGGAUCUCGUAACUGAAAUGUAGUGAAUUAAACGGGAGUAGGAGAAAAGAAAUUACAUUGCUUGCAGUCUACGUGAUGGUGACACUUUGCCAUUGCGGAGCAAGUGGGAUAGUUUAUUCUGGGUUUUCUCAUGACGUCAC